AGUUGUUUCAUUCCAACAAGACACUAUACAAGUUUACUGUGGAUAUUUUUUAAAAUUAUAUAUUGAUAUUGUUUAGGUUAACUAAUGAAAUCAGCACGGAUUAUUAAAUUUGGAGCAUAUGUGUACGAAGAUGGUACAAAAUAUAUCGGAGAUUGGAAUGACCGAGGCCAAAAACAUGGUUUGGGUCAUGUUCAGUUAAAGGAUAAUACCCGUUAUGAGGGAGGAUUUUGUAAUGGGCUUUCCUCGGGUCUUGGUGUUUUGCAGUACCCAGAUGGAACUAGAUAUGAAGGAGAAUUUAUGCAAGGAUGGUUUCAUGGUGUUGGCAUGUUUUGGAGAUCUGAUGGCAUGAAAUAUGAAGGACAGUUCAAAGGAGGCCGUAUUUGGGGAUUGGGUUUAAUGACGUUUAAAGAUGGAAGUCAUGGUCUUCCAAGACAUGAGGGAUUUUUUAAAGACUGCAAAAUGAUUCAGAAAAAAAAAUGUCCUGAAGUAGUAAGCGAUGCCCAACGAGCAGCAUUAAUGGCAAGAAUACAAGCUGAACAAACAUAAUACCGUUUAAAAACGACUUUUAAAUUAUUUGAAUCUUAUAAAUUCUAAAUAGUCAUAAAUUAAUAUAAUAAGUAUGAUAUUCAACAGUAUUUAAAUAUCAACUUAUAUAAGUGGUGAAAUAUUACAAGUAGAAAAAUAGGUUUAAGGAUAGUUUAAAGGUAAAGUUUUAAAUUAAUCAAUGAUCACCUAAUUUAUGUAUUUAUUACUGGGGCCGAGAAUACACUAAAACUAAAUUAAUAUUAGUGGUGGCACUAAAAAUAUAAAAACUAUUACGAUUUAUCUUGAAAAUACUUCAUAUUAUUACAUGUUUAACUAGAAAUAUUAUAUGAAAAAAAAUUUUUUAAUACCUAACAAUUUGAUUCAAAGUAUUGGUUAAGUCUAAAAGGUCGAUAACGAACAAAAAUCCUUUUUUACCGUUACGUUGUUUUAUGUUUAUUUUUAUUUUUAUUUAAACAACGUUUUUAAAUUUUCCUGGUUUCAGUUUUAAUUUACAAUACCGUUUUACAUUUCGAUUAUCAUUAACAUUAGAAUUAAAUUUAUUU